AUGCCAGUCGAACGACCCUUCGAAGGCGAUUUCCUUUUCGUCAACCACAGUGCAAGUCAGAUGAAGGCCUCGCCCAACCGGCGGAAAGUCUUCUCCCACGUGCAGAGCAAAUAUCGCAACUGGAAACGGCAAGAAGAGAUGCGAGCUCUGCGGGCUUCGAUAAAGGCCCCCUUGUCCGACGCUCAGCCGUCGGUAAAAGCCAAGGAACCUGCUUCGAUAGAGGUGCCCGUGCUCGAUAGUAUCCAGCCAACAACAAAGGCGAAACCUACCAGAUAUGCGCAAGGUUCAGAAGCAGCAGGCUCUGAAGCUGAGAGCAGGCAACAAGCGCGUACAAAGAUCGCGAUUCACUCUCUCAUCAACGAGGAGGAGGAAGAGGAGUCCGAGCUACCUGAUCUCGCAACGUUAACGCACGAGAUGAAAACACCACCACUCCAACCACAAUCCAUCAUGACGAUUCUAGACAAAGGCAAUUCAGACCCUUUUGGUGCCUACGCCAUCGAAAUCACGCCCAGCGCCAACGGCAUGCUAAGCUUUCACCGCGACUUCGUCAUACCGACACUUUACCACACUACCAAGCACAAUUGGAUGACAAGCGCCAGUGCGUGGCGGGACUGGCGAGACUGCAUUGACGGGCUGGGCGACGGGGUCGACGGUCUUGGGGACGAAGGUGCUGGGUCGGGAUUUAUCGCAAGCUGCGCGACAGAGGCCGCCGUGGUAUCGAGAAAUCCCGCCAUCCAGAGGCAAGCCGUAUAUUACCGCACCAAAAGCAUGGCCGUGCUGCGAAAACGUCUCACCACUGCUGCCGGUGGCAAGGUUGUCCAUCGCGGACAGCUCUACUGGCAUAUCAAUCUCCUUCUGGGCGCGGACACACUGAGCGGCAACCGCGCCGGCACUGGGGCCCAUCUCACCAUAUUGCGGCAUUACUUUGAGCACGAUGGAGACAAGCUGGAUGUAAGCUUGCUGUUGUACGUGAUCUAUCACGACGUACACCGAUCCUCAAUGUUCCUUUGCAGACCCAUAUUCGACGUGGACGAAUGGCUCCCCAGGAGGCUGCAGCCGGUGGUUGACGCGGCGCAACCUUACCUACCAGACCUGUCUGGAGUAAAAGAUCGCUUUUUGGAUCGGUCAAUCGUCGACAAUCCAGGACUUCGCACGCUGUUCAUCGAGCGACGAGAGAGCCUCGCGGUCUGGCUGUUCCAAACCGGCUCCUCCGGCGAUGAGUCCGCCCGUCACUCGACCUCGCUGAUGGGCUGGUUGCUCGUCCGGGUGUACCUGCACCAGGGGCGGCUUGUGAACUUCUUCCUCGAGGCAAAGGCAAGGCAUCACGUUAACGCCAAUCCGCCUCAUCCUCAUCCUCCUUCUCCUCAUCCACAUCUUAUCCAUCCCACCUUGUGCCAGGGCUACAUCUCACUGGGCACGCUGCUAUACAUGCGCUCCAUCUCCUUCAACGCGACCGUGUGCGGUGUGCGGCUCUUCGACGCCACAUCCACCAUCCUGUCUAACAUGCGAGAAUUGCUCGAGCUGAGUGAGAGCAUGAACCCUAAUUCCCCCGAGUAUAAAAGAUACGAGAACCCGCGCUUGUGGGCACUGUACGUGGGGGCCAGCGCGGAAUGGUCUAUGGGCAUGAAGCCAGAGGAUACGGGUUGUUGGUUCAUGACGCAUUUCGCGACCAAGGCCGUGAACCUCGGAGUGGCGGCGUGGGAUGAAGUGAGGACGGUGCUGAGAGGCUUUCUGUACACGGACUUCUUGCAUCCCGAUGGAGAGGAGUGGUUCAGCAGGAUGCUGUCGAGCACGGCGAGGAAGAAAACUGAACUGGACGAGCCUGAUGUCACGUCCUGA